AUGGAUGUUGCCCCGGUGCUGCAGACGGAGAAGCAACAGCUGGCCGAGCCCAGGAAGUUUGUUUUGGAUGAGGAAGCAAAGGAAGGCAUUGCUUACGUGGCCAAGCUCUUCACCAACGAUCGAGUGUCCCGGGAGGCCUUUACCUUCCUGGCUCCAGAGAACUCUUCGGAGGAUGUGGUUGCCAGCUCAGCGACCAGGCAACCGCUCCUGGGAUUCGGCCCUUCACGCGAAAAAAACCCAACUAGAUCCGGUAGUGCAGAUCGCCCCCGGCCGUGGCCACGUGGCCGGCCGUGGGCCAUGUUGAUUCCCAUGAGCCCCGAUGGAAGUCCUGGAUUGGUACCUGAUGUAGUGAAAACCUUCCAUAUUUAUGGAUGGUACAUGGUGAUCUUUCUCUUGUCCAUUCAAUCUCUGGGAGAAAUUCUAAGUGGAGAUGCAUUUGCAGGUAUCAUUUUCGCCAUCAUGGCAGGGAUUGUGAUUUAUAUGAUCCAUGAUGGCUGCAAGAAUAUGACGAUGUAUUGCCUCUUCAUGCUGGGCAUCAUGUCCGGCUUCCAAUGUUUUUUCGACAUCCUGGGCCUACUCUCCGUGCUGGGUGGGAGGGAGACGACCAGCUCAACGGUGGAGGGCACCGAUCAGGAUGUGACGGUGAUCACCAAGAUCACAAUGCAUCCAUUCUUUGAUAAGAAGAUGGAUGACCAGUACAACUUGCAGUCUCUGAUGAUGUUGCUAAGUCCAGGAGUGAUGUCGGUGUCCUGUACCAUGUGCUAUUUAUCGUACAAUGCAUUCUCAGAUUCGCUCUUCGAGCUUGAUGAUGAAGCAGACCCAAUCUAUUCCAGAGGCUUUGCCACAGGUGUGGAUGGGAUGGAUGGGAUGGAUGGGAUGUGA